CGGUUCGCGCUUUCUCCCUCGCGCAAAACUCGCAUUUCGUCGAGUUCUCUUACCUUCCCGCUUCAUUCACUUCACGUUUCCUCUGCAGCUCCCCUCUCUGCUCUCCGGCGAAGUUCCAGAGCUCUUCUCUCGCUGCUCUGAGUAGCUCAGCCGGACUGCGGAGAGCUCCCCGUGACUGCAUUGUUGAAAUCCUCCGGUAGCUUUGAUCGGACGAGCACCGGUAGCAUGUCGCUUCCUAGCUGAUUCGUCUAUGUUUUGGGAGAAUUUCAGGGCCAUUCGCAGAUACUCUGAAGAAGAGCUCCCGUACCAAGCCGUAGUUGCUACCUCACUACUGCAUCAGUUCUUCGACCUGAACUCGAGCCAGGAUUUCAGAGAGUUUUGGAUCUAGAUCAGAUGAGUCAGGUUCAAAGUUUUGGCAGUAACUGCCAUCCACUUAGUCAAUCAAGAAAGAUUUCAAUUGGAAUUAUGGUUGAAUCAUCAGCCCAGAGGAGACCGGGGUCCACAAAGGAACACGAUAUUGCUUCACCAACUGUACCAGUGACAAAUUGUCGCCUGAAAGAUUCCACAGAAGGUGCCCAAGUUACCACGAAAGAGAAGCAAACUGAACCUCUAGAGCAGGGAUCCCCAUGGAUCAGGACAAGAUCGAAUCAUGAACAGUCAACAACGUCAGGAACUGCUUCUCAUGCCAAAGUAAUUGGAACUAGAAUGAAUGCUGGAGGGAUGCAUGAUGAACACAAUAGAUUCAAGGCUGGACCCUCGGACCACUCAGCUAAGUUCUUUCCCAAGCAGACCUCAUUUUCACAGCCUGAUAAUAAUUUCCUUAAAAAGACAUCUGAAGGGAUUGCGCAUGCAAGGAAGGUAGAGAAAUGUGCAAACACUCAAACGGGAGACAAAUUUCCAUCUACCACUGCCCAGGAACAGGAUUCUAAGAUUGGAGACAAGGAUGAAAAUACAGUGAACGGGACGAGUGAGACGUUACGGAUGAAGCUCUGGGAAUUACUGGGAACUGUUACUUCGCCCAACAAAGAGAAGCACAACACACCGACCCUUGAGGUUGAUGGUGAUUCUCUGCGAUCUGAAGGAGGAGGAAAGCAGCCAGCUACUAGAACAGUCAAGCCUAGACAGAACUCAGAUACUAUUGAAACAGAUACCGAGAGUCCUGAUUGUGCAAACAAGAGGCCAGUAACAAGAUCUCUGGCCCGGAAAAGAGCACCUAGUAAAUUGAAGCAAGACAAACUUAAAUGCGGACAGCCUUCUGCUUCCAGACAGAAACCAGGAGAAAGAAAUAUUUUCUCCUUUGAAGAAGGUUGGUAUGUGGGUUUGAAGGAUGCUGCCAAUCUCAGCCCCUCAACUGGCAACAAGAGAAAGAGAACUCGGAGAAAGGGUCCUCAAAUUGAGUCAUGUAAAACUGCAGUUCAACGAAAGAAAAAUGAGGAGAAGAUUCAGCGACUAACUGAUAAGAGGCAAAAUCCUCUUACCGCUGACAAAUCUUGUUCAGGUGGUUCUAGCAAGGAAAGUUCACGCCAUGUUGAGUCUCAUGUCAAAGGGAACAACAUUUAUCCAAGGAGACCUACAGCAGACAAAGACUCCCCAAAACAAUUGACAAGCAAACCAGGUCAGCAGGUCGAUAUCAAGAGUCCAGCAUUGCCUGAUUAUGAGGACCUGCAAGAACACAUCGUGAAUUCAUCCUUAGAAAAUGCUGUGGAUCCACAGUUCAAUGCAGAAAGCCUGCAUACACAAAGAAAGAGUUUGGGAAUCGAUAAUCAUAUAACUUCAAUUCAGCCAAUAAAUAAGCAUGGGAUUGGGCACCUAACUGAUAAGAGCAAAAAUGCAACUCCUGCUGAGAAAUCAUGUUCACAUGGUUCCAGUGGCUCCAAUGCCAAUGGGAGAAGCUUAUGCAGCACACACUCUAAUAUUAAGAGGAAUGAUAUCGACCCAAGGAGAGGUAACAUAGAGAAUGACUUCCUUGGGCAUCCUGUGACACAUAAGCCAGAUCAGCAGGAAGAUACCAAUAGUCCAACAUUGCCAGGACAUCUGAGCCAGAGAGGAGAAGGCAUCGGUAGUCCUACUUUGCCAGGACAGCAGAGCCGAAUAGGUGAAGAUAUCGGUAGUCCUACAUUGCCAGAAAAACACAGCCAGCGAGGAUAUAAUAGCAAUCCAUCCUUUAAAUAUUUUUUGGACCCGCAAGAUGGAGCAGAAAGUCCAACAUUUGGGAAGAGAUCACCCAUUGCAAGUCAUUCUCUUGGUUCACGCCAUAAGGAAACCACAGUGCACCAGAAAGCAAAUAAUCCUGCAGAACCAAAAUGCUUGUCUACUGAGGGAGGCAUUUUCAGUUUUGGGAUGUUUACUUCAAAAUUAUUUCCUAACAGAAAUGACGGAGAUGAGCUUCAGCAUUCUCCUCCUAGAAGCCCAAUUCCCCCAACUCAGGAGAAUGAUGCAGAAAAUACCUCUUCUGAGGACACAGGCUCAGAGAGCAUUGAAGAUGCAGGUCCAGGAGCUGAGACAUUCUCUCCCGAAAUUGGUACUGAUGAGAAACCUAGGUUCAUGCUUCACAGAACUAAGAGGCUCGGCAGCUUUGAGGACCUUCAGUAUCAAGAACGCAUUCCAGCCCGAGUAUCUCCAAAAGUUACCAGAGAAAAUAAUUCAAUGCAAGAACCGGAAGAACAGAAUGUUGGGGAGAAGGAGGAGGAGGAGGAGGAGGUGGAGGACGGAAUGACGAGGGCUAUAGCGAUGCUUGCUUUGGCUCUAGAGAAGCUAAAAAGCAAAGUGAAGCUACUGACUAGUAAAAAGUCCUCUAUAAUCUUGACAUCUGUGGCUGAGCGGAUCCAUGCACAGCUGCACAAUGUGGAGUCCCAGAUCCAGACAGACACGUGUAAGUUGACAAGCCUCAGCAAACAAAAGAGAAAACGACUGGAAACAGAAUUUCAAGAGCAAGAAGAACAACUUAAAAUGAUUCAUGGGAACUUUAAGAAAGAAGUUGGUCGGCUUCUAGAGGAUUGCAAAGGCACGAUUGAAGGGCUCGAAGACAACCAUACUGAGCUAAAGGGAAUUGUGGAGAAGCAAAAAGCCUCGCACAGGAAGCUUCUUAUACAAGUACAAGAAGCGGUUAAGACCCAACUCCACGAUGCUGAGAAAAGAAUCACAGCAAUCAAUCAGUCGGCGAGAGAGCAGAUGCUGCAACUGAAACUCGUGAUAGCCGAAUGUCUGGAAGGAGGAAUUCUAUCUUGACGUUUAUCUCUGCCACCGGAUGAGCACGGCCCCAAUUUCAUUCUCAGGACAGGCUUUCAGAUUCUCCACUAAGAGCACAGGCUAAACUCGCCUCGUAUCAUUCACUCAACAGAAGAUUUUUCUGUUAAGCGCUGCAUAUUUUCGAUAUUUGCAUUUUAUUGUACUUAAUAGGGAAAUUAUAGACAAUGAGCAUCGGCAUAACUCUCGGCAGAGAAUAUUGCCUCAUUUGAUUUCUAGAGGUGUUUGAGGAUCAUAGAGGCUCUCACCCAAUAUAGUGUAGAAACUGACGAAUUCAAGUUCUCGAGCAUAUAUGUAUUGUGCGAGUGCGUAUGAAAGUACCCUGUGGACCUUUCAAGUGUA